CAUAAGGUGGUCGUUAUACCAGCUUCGCUCGGGACGCGCUUUUUGUUGGUUAAACUAGCCGGCUAAUGUUAGCCAGAUAGCUCGCUAGCUGUUAUUGUUUUUCGUGAUUUCACCAGAACCAAAAUGGAGGCGCAGGCUGUUGCCAGUGUCCUACACAGCCACUCCCGAGUCCUUGUGUGAAUCCCUCAUACUGAAACCCUGACGCGAGUUUAAAUCAUCCUAACGUUACUAGUUUGUGUCUGAAUGAGCGCAUGUGUACUUGUACUGCAGUGCUAAUGUAGCUUAGCUUCAAUUCAAACCGAUUGUAGGAAAAGGAUGCCCGGGAUCAGGCAGGUCUUGCUGCUUUAGUUUUCUUCGGGUUGUCCAAGUAUGACUAGUUAGACAGCAGCUGCUAACUUCUAAUGGGAGGUAGCUGUGGUUGACAUGCACCGCCGAGGCGCUGCAGGAUGAACAGUCGUCUUGUUCGCCAUGACUCUGAGGUCCACACUGUUUCCAAAUACAGGAUUCAAGCAGGACACUGACAACAUCGACUUUGACAAAGCGCAUUUCGGGGCCGCCACCGUGAGACCCUUGAGCCUCAAGAGGGAGUCAGGCUGCGACUUUGUUAUAGAUGUUCAAAACGCACACAGGGGCGAGAUCCCGAGCAAAUCCAAUGACUUAAACCAGAAUUACAUGACAAGCAAAGUUUCCCUUGCGGCCUCAGAAGUUGUUCAAGGAGACAAUAUAACUGUGGGGAUAUUGUCCCCUGUCAGACAAAUGGGGGGUGAGGGAACCCCAGUGAAAGGUAAACCCCUCUCUGCUGACAAUAUGGAUAACCCUCAGAUGGCUCUAAACAACAACCCUAAGGAUUUAGGUGUGGAUGACAGUGUGAAGGGGAUGGUCCCUGGAAUCCUUGGCACUGCAUCCAUUGAACUCUCCUCUGAGGGCAAGUGGAGGAACAUCAGGAAGACCCCUGCCAAUCCCCACACACAGGCCAACUGCCUCCGGCAGAUUCUCCUCCUUCAACUGGACCUCAUUGAACAACAGCAACAACAGCUGCAGUCCAAGGACAGGGAGAUAGAUGAGCUUAAAGCAGAAAAGGACACGCUGCUUGCACGUAUUGAGCGCAUGGAGCGUCGCCUGCAGCUCACAAAGAAGGACCCUCCGCGUGACAAACGCCUUUUCCAGCCCCUGGAGCCAUGGACCCCUGACAAAGAGGACACUUGGGAUCUUGAUGUAGACGAGAGCACACAGCCCAACUCAUCCAAUCCUCUUCCCUUUAGUCGGGGUGGCAAAGGUCAAAAGAGGAAAUCUUACUUUGGAGAUGCAAAAGUUCAGAAAUCACGGCUCAAAAGCGGCAAGCUGAGCCCCCAGAAGUCUGAGAUUCAGCCAGGCUCUCCCAAUCAAAGAGAGCUGCGCAGCAAGGAAACCCCAGAGAAGACAAUUCCCAUGAGGUUAGGGGCUGAAAGGGACCUCAUGCUCCCGUGCAAAGAGGAGCCCGGGCUGAGCUGUCAGAUCGAAGACCUGCCCUUCAUGUCUACUACAGAGAUGUACCUCUGCUGCUGGAACCAACCUCCUCUGUCUCCUCUUCGUGAGACUUCCCCUAAAAAGGAAGAAGAGGUGGCCAGUGAGUGGACUCCUCAUGUAGUACAUGAUAUGCUGAUUGUUUUUCCAUCCUGGAGAGAAAAUCAAAUAGAGCCUUUGGAAGAGGACCCCUCCUUUAUCCCUCCUGAGCCGCUGGAUGACAGUGUGUUUUUGAAACGCCACUCGAAGCUCGAGUUAGAUGAGAAGAGGAGAAAAAGGUGGGACAUCCAGCGAAUCAGAGAGCAGCGUGUGUUUCAGCGUUUGCAGCAGCGAAUGAACAGGAAGAAAGUCGUCGCGGAGACUGAGCCGGAGCUCUCGUCCUUCUAUCCCGAAACUGAAGAUGUUGAAACUAUAGUGAUCACUCCCUUCUUGCCUGUGGUUGCAUUUGGCCGGCCACUGCCCAAACUCUCACAACAACACUUCGAGCUGCCUUGGCUGGAUGACCGAAGCCGAUGUCGCAUCGAGGUGCCCAAAAAACACACUCCUCACCGGACCUGUCGGAAGUGAAACCCUGUUGUUUCUGUGUUCACAGCGGAGAGAUGCGGCUCCAUGCCCAGAUUAGAAAGUGCUUUAUUUGUCUUGCCUGGAGGGGGAAAAGCAAAGUCACCAGUCGCUUUGUAUAACUGCUGUUGCUUUCAGUCUGAAGUCUCAAAGUGUCACCACUAACCAGCUGAUCUCCUGCAGGAUGGUAUACAAGGAUGGGAGAUAGCUGCGUCACUGGGUGUCCUUGAUAUUUCUGGUCUCAUUUACACUUCUGAAAGGGAGAUAAAAUGCCUGAUGCCACAAGAUAACCCUGUGUUAGCAGUUAUGGAAGAUUACAGUUUGUAUUCUUUAAAAAAAAAAAAUUAUUAUGAACAGUUAUGUGCAUGUUCUGUAACAUGUUUAAAAUACAUUUUGUAGCAGCUGUGCCAUCCGCAAUUGAUUUUAUCAUAUAAAAGUGGAGUAGUAGCACUUUUUAUGCAGUCAGCUGAAAGGAUAAAAUGGACUCAAAUCUUGAGCGCGUUCAUGCGGGGUAAACAAAAACAUUUCGCCAUUUUGACUGAAAAGUGGAGCUUGUGCUGUACGUCAUGAGUUACAAUAUUUUGUUCUGGGUAGCCCUACCACCCUCAUUCUCCCUUUGUAAGUGGAAAAAGAAAGUCAAAAUAUGACUAUCGUGCUGUGUAUUGCCUAUAUCGUUAUUCGCACACAACUUCAAAUAAGAUUUAAUCAACGUAUAGUGUGAUAUCGGGAGGUUUGAGCCACACUCUGCAUGGUUUCAUAUUUUAAAAAGAAUUGCAGUUCUAGCCAAUCCAAUGUAAGGAAAAAAUCAACAAAAAGCAACCAAAUGAUUGUUCUGUGUUCCGGGUUUGCUUUAUGAAAACAGCACGGCUAAUCUGACAGGCGGUUAACUGGCGUGAAACCCAGUGUUCUGUUUUGUUUAGUUUUUUUCCGUUAUGCGAGUUGCAUGGACUCUAUUUAGCUGUUUCAAUAAAACACGGUAGCAUGGCUUCACCCCUCGUGUGGAGAAUUAUCUCUGCUAAAACUACAAGAUAUUGUUCUUGAAAGCAUGACUUUUGGCUGCUCGGUUCAUUGAGAGCUGCUCAUCUUUAACGCAAUCUGAUAACAAAGUACAGAUUUGAUCUUUCGUGUUUCCAAUCUUAACAAUACGCUUACAUCCAGUAAAUAUUAGGCAAGUUGUGUGUAUACAUUUGGACUCUUAAGGAUGCAGUUCUCUGACAUUCAAGGGAACCAUUUUAGACGAUAGAUAAGCUUUCUAGCUGUAGUUCUAGCGAUGUUCACCAGUAUGCUGUUUAACAUGCUGCCCUCUCUGAGUUCAUCUUAGUCACAAUCGCAGUGUUUGAUUUCUGCCCGUGUUUUCUUCCUCGCUGCGUUUGCUCGACCUCUUUUUACAUAUAAUGCUUUCUGCAGCGUCAACACGUCAAACUGCCAGGCGUAUGCGUAGGCACAUUUUGGAAAUAAAAAGUUGAUUUUAAAUUUUCUGUACAUAGCUUCCAGAAACAAAUGUACAUAAAACAUGGCUGUUAUUUUUUUAUUAUUUAAUGUUGGACGUGUUGAGUACAUUCAAUAUUGUUCUAUGAUUGUAUGUUGACAAAUUGACAGUUUUGAAAGUUAAAUUCUUUUGGAAUAAAAUUAACAUGUCUAUGA